CGACAAAGCCAUCAGAUGCUUCUCUCCAGUAGGGUCAUUACCUUAGGCUUGACUACGACUUUCCCGGGUCUUUGGUCACUGUCUGUCCUGGGAAAAAAUAAAGCCGUAGUGUGUCCUGGGAAGAGAAGAGUGUUCCUGGUUCAGCUCCUGCAGGUGUUGUUGUACCAUAACAAACGUGACAGUCACACCAAGAUGCAUCUAGAGGCUCAGGCUAUUGUGUUGGCAGCCGGCCCAGGGAUGAGGAUGACCACCUUGACCAACCACACACCCAAGUGUCUCCUGCCUGUGGGUACACUCCCCAUGGUCUGCUACCCCUUACAGAUCCUGCAGGAGGCUGGCUUCUCUGAGGUGACGGUGGUGGUGAGCGGAGGAGAGGAACAGAGGAUGAGUAAGGUGGUGGAGCAAUACGGCCUCAAGCUCAACCUCGACAUAGCCCCCGUCAACACCUCCCACGACCCUGGCACGGCCGACUCCCUCAGACACAUAGCCUCCAAGAUCAAACGGAGCGUUGAUGAUGUGGUGAUCGUAACGAGCGACCUGGUGACGGACGCUAAGCUGCAGCCAAUCAUGGACCAGCACCGGUCUAGUGGUGCUGCUCUCACCAUGCUCACAGCCAAUCAGCAGCCAGAGUUCUUAAAGGCCACACCUCCAGGACCUAAGACUAAACCCACUAUCAACAAUGACGUUAUCUGCACACAGAGCAAAACGGGGCGGCUAAUGUACGCCGUGGCUGGUGGCGACUACGACGAGGUCAUCUCUCUGCACAACCGUGUAAUGAAGAGCGCUAAGUCCCUCAACGUGUCGACAUCAACGGUUGACGCUCACCUCUACAUCAUGAAGAGAUGGCUCGUUGAUUACAUCCUCAGCAAGGAAUCCUUGUGUGGUGAGAUGGGCUCCCUCAAGGCUGAGAUUCUUCCCCACAUCAUCUCCCGUCAGUUCACCAAGGAGCCGAUCAAGCAACGCAGCGAACGGAAAUUGGAUAUCUACGACGUGUUAGAAACGGAGGAAUUUGACGACCUGGUGAGGAAGUACAACAGUAGUGUGGUGUUGUCGCGCCAUCACAACUCCCUGGAGCUGGACGCUCGGGUGUGUUACGUCUACCAUCACCCGGGCUGUUGUGUCCGUGCCAACACCCUCAACUCUUACUGGGAACUCAGCAGAAAGAUGCAUUCAUUGUUUGAGCAAGUUUACCCUAACUCAGCAUGGAGCAUCAAGCAUCCGUCAGCAGAUGUACAAGAGAAGGCUCAGGUGAGUGAUGACAGUCUGAUUGGUUCAGGAUCUGUCAUAUGCGAGAAGACCAACAUAACAAGUAGCGUCAUAGGCAACCACUGUCGCAUCAACUCCUUCGUCCGUAUACUGAACUGUGCCCUGGGCGACCACAUCACCAUCGCCCCGGGGUGUGUGAUUGAGAACAGUUUGAUAGCUGCCAACGUGGAGAGGAAGUGCACCAUAAAGAACUGCAUUGUUACCGACCCCAACAAGAUUGAGGAAAACAAGACUUAUACCAAUGAAAUCUUGGAAGCUGUACAAGAUUUUGCUUAGUCAAACGCACAGUACUAGUGAACACCGCCACCUGCAUCAUGGUCGCUGUAAGUCUCGUUGAGCCUCGUCUUUGUCCCUCCCGUCAUUAUUCCUUAAUUGUGUCCUUUUUGGUCUGAGUCAGGACCAAGGUUCUCUCUAAUUAUUUACAUCACAGUUUAAUAUUAAUGUUAUGUGCACCAACAUGAAGGUGAUGUGCAGUGCACACCAAAAUGUUGUAUUUAGGUAUAUUAUACAGACAGUCUUUAAUUUACAAAGAUUCAGUUUACCAAAGUGCAAAAUCAAAAAAAUAUUUCAGUAAUUUUUUGCAGCAUUGAAAUAUGUUGAGGUGGUAUAACUGGCAUCUCAGGGCCUCCUGUACUGGACCUGGUCAGAACCUAUUUAAAUCUGAGCUACGUAACCCAUAAUUCUAACUUGAUGUAAUGUACAGGCAUGGAAAAUUAGUCCUGUCUGUAACCUUGAGAUUCGUGAAUCCGAAGUAUCACACAUUGUUGGUGCCGUAGAUGGUGUACCUGUGCUGUAUGGUAUCUCAGAUUCACAAGUUAAUGAGUCUCUGGGUUCAUGGAUCGGAGGAAGGACUUACAGUACUUUUUUCCAUGACUGAACCCCCCCCCCCCGAUGUGAUCUCAUUAAGCAUAACCAACUUUGGGGUUUGGUUGUAAGUAUUUGGGGUUGAUUCUAGGUCUGAGCUUUAGUUUAGCUUUUGAAAUAUGAUAUGUAACAGUACCAGGACUUUUUUUUAAGAUUUUGACUUAAGUAAAAUAUUCCUUAACCCCAUUAGUGCGGGGAUACCACUUUUAAUAUUGUAUUUGGUUAACGCUAGAUGAUUGUAUUCAGCAUAUAGGAGAGCCCAAUCACAAGGGAUUAGUAGACUAUCUCUAUCAAACAGUUUUAUUCAGCUCAAAGGGGACCCUGUACACAAAGGGUCAAGCAUUCUAGUGCCAAAGUUAUUAAAUGGUACAGUACUGUGUUGUUAAGAUCAAAUACCCAGUAACAGCAAUGGGUAUAGCAUCUGCAGCUUGUGGGAGUUUUAGUGAUGUUGAUGUUAUUGUCUUCUGCUGAACUAUGAGACUAUGUAUUUCAGUCUAUUAAUUAUUUACCAUAUGAUAGAUUGUAUGCUAAGUGUGAUACCUUUGUAUCUUGCCAGAGCCCGGACUGUGGAGCUGCUGAACCGUGAAAACUCUCUAGUUAAAUUAUUAAAAAAAAAAAUUGUAAUAAUAAUUAAAAAAACAUGAUCAGUAAGACACACCAGAAUAACAAAAUUUAGUGGAAAUUUAACCUGGUGAGAGAGGUCCCUUGUCUCUAUAGCAACACACAGUAACAAAAUACUGUAGUAAUUUGUGAGUGUUGACGAUCAUCACACACGGAGACACAUUGUUUAAGAUCCUUUGGUUGAUGUGAACACCACAGCCGGUUCAUAUACAGUAAUAUCUUCGUUAGCUGGAAUCCCUCAAACCCGGAACUCUCCGAUAGCUGGAAUUGAAAUUUUCCGAGGGGCACAUUUUCUGGAAAAUUCUGAAUAAAAUUUUCCCAGUACCUGGAAAAUUCUGGGGAUGGGGGAUUUUCUUCAGGCUUUGAGAGAUGAAAUAGUGCAUCCUUCUGGAAUUUCCGAGAACUACUGAUACUGCUUUUAUAAUGUCUCUGGUGUUAUGCACACUUUGAUUAUUAACAUGUUAUGGAGAACCCACAUGUAAUUAGAACUUAAAUAUUGUUGAGUGUUAUUAUACCCAGAGAAUGUGUGACAGUGUUCAGAUCACACACUGAAGGCUUUAGUGGUGUAACAGCUGUUUCCAAGAAAAAUUUUUUUUUUUUAUUCAUGGGUGAGAAAAUAGUUCCAAUGAGACUUAUUAUGUGGACAAUAAUAGUUUUCAGCUUGGUAUCACUGUGUUGUAAAAUUUAAUUUGAAGAUUACUCAUCGAAGGGUGAUUCUCUGGAUAUACAAGCUGUUAGAAGCAGGUUCAGACAACAGGAGGCACUACAGGGUGGGAUGUACUGUGUAACUCCUGCCCAUAAAAUGAUAAAUUAUGUUCUUGUUUCUCCAUAGAAUUGUGAAUGAUAUAUUACUGUGACGUACAGUCGAUCCAAAAACUAUCUGUACUUGUGGGGGUGAAUUUUAAAAUGAAUACUGUGACUCCUGUUGUCUCGGUUGGGCUGCCCAAAUCCUUUGUCCUUCGUGCCAUAUUGCCUAACACAAUAUUGUAAGGAUAUUUUUUUUUAUCUGCUGUGAACAUCAAGUAUGUGUCAGCUUCAGGGCCUCAUGUUAAUGUAAUCAUCUCACCCGGGAGGUAAACUAAUCACUGUACAGCUGUGUAUGACCAGCUCUUGAUGGUAUAGUAUAGAAGUUGCUAAAUAUUACUGCCUGGCAUUCACCAUCUAGUGGGUUCCCCCCCCCCAGUAGUGUUGGGUUACAGUACAGUAUUUAUAUUUCUAAAGAUUGAGAAACAGUCAACAGUGGAUUCAUUUUAUGAGUAUACAAGGAUUAGGACACAGUUGGCAGCCAGGUGAGGCACCUUUGAGUUAAGUAGUCAGGACUUUUCUUCUUUGUCUUAGGUAGGUCAUGGUAGUCAGGGCAGUAUAGUUGCUAGGUCAAAGGUGGAAAUUGUGCAAGUCAUUUGACCUGAACCUUUACAAAACCCAUUGUUAGUGUGUAAGGGGAGAGAGAAUCUGAACCUCUGUUCCAACUGGAAUUAAAACUGGAACUGUUGAUCUCUCAGGUGAUGUUGAAACACUGACCACCAGAGGAGUCGGGAGAUAUUGUCCCACAAAUUUUGUAGUUAAGGUGUUGGUGUAGUUUAAGAGAGAAAUUGUGAUUCAUCAUAUUUUAUUAAUUAAUUUGAUUUAAUUUUGUGUUGAAAAUUAUCUUCAAAAAGAAAUCACAAACUUCACAAACUCAAGCAACAUGAGAGGGUGGCAGUAACAGUUACAGGAGCACAUAUGGGAGAGAUUUGUUUAUAAGAAUGUUUUGUUUUGAAUAUAUUUGAAAAUGUGAAA